AUGACCGCAGUCACACACACCGAAUUCAACGCCGACACCGAGAGCCUGGACGUGGCCAAGGCCUUUGCCGGAUCGAUUCAGGGGAAAAACAUCCUAAUCACAGGAGUCAACAAGGGAGGCAUUGGCUUCACAACCGCUCAGGCAUUUGCAUCUCAAUCGCCCGCCCACAUCAUCAUUACUGGACGUUCUCCGGCAAAGCUUCAAGAGAGCAUUGAGGCCCUGCAGAAGGAAUACCCCAACGUGCAUUAUGUCGGUCUCAAGCUGGAUCUCUCGAGUCAAAAGUCGGUCCGCGAGGCGGCGGCCGAGGUCCUGGCCAUGAAGGACAUUCCCACCAUCGACAUUCUGGUCAACAAUGCCGGCGUGAUGCUGAUACCCGAGCGAACACUCAGCGAGGAUGGCAUCGAGAUGCAUUUCGCCACCAACCACGUUGGCCACUUCUUGUUCACCAACCUGAUUCUGCCUAAAUUGAUCAAGGCCGCGGAGGGGAAACCCAAGGGCGUGACGAGAGUCGUCAACGUCAGCUCGUCGUCUCCUACCACGGCAGGCGUCCGAUUCAGCGACAUCAAUUUCGAGAAGAUCAACAAGACCCUGCCCGAAGACGAGCAGCCGCAUUACCAGGCACUCCAGUAUUGGGGUGAAAAGGACCCGGAAAACGGAUCAUAUUUCCCACGUGAAGGCUACAACCAGAGCAAAGUAGCCAAUCUCUUAUUCACCAUCGGGUUCAACGCACGUUACUACGACAAGUACGGACUUCUGAGCUUGGCGGUUAACCCGGGAGUCGUGCAGACGGAGCUGCAACGGCACUUCUCGCCCGAGGCGCUCACGGCGCUUCAGGGAUUCAAGGAGAAAGGAAUGGUGCACCUGAAGACGCAGGGUGCGGGCGCCGCGACGAGUUUGGUAGCGGCCACAGAUCCCGGACUGGGCCUGCCAGUGUCCAAGGACGGUAAGGAGAACUAUGGAGCGUACUUGAGCGACUGUCAGAUCAACACCGGAGCAAAGGCUCACGCCGAGUCCAAUAGGAACGCCGACAGGCUGUGGAAGUUGUCUGAAGAAUUGGUCAAGGAGGAAUUCCCUCAGUAA